AUGAAAAUUGCAAAUGGUAUUGAAAAUGCUGCUGUGAUUCUAGUUUUUCCAUCUUCCUCUCUGCAAAUGUCAAAAACUGGAUCAAAAUUAUUGAAUUAUGCUGAUCAAACUAAAACUCCGCUUCUAUCUAUUAAUAUUUAUGAAGACUUUCAACCUAAAGGUUGGUUAGGUGCUAUUUUAGCGCCUACAAAGAGUUGCUCAGCAAAUUUUGAUGAAGUUAUUCAAUCCUUGAUUUCAUUGGGAAUCAAAAAGAAUUAUCUUGUUCUUGCAAGAGAUGAAAAAAAUGAGCCACAGUCAAUAGAAGAAUAUCUAUUUUAUGGUGGAACUAAAUCAGGGGAUUUGAGCGCCAAUUAUAAUUAUUCUGGUCAAGAGUUUCCGAUGGAAUUUAAGUUUUUGGGUCUGAAAAGUGGUAAAGUAUUUGGUGAAGGAGAUGAUGACGUUGGAGCUUUUACUCUUGCUGGUCAAUACAAACUUGAAGAUGGUUGUGGUGAUAUCGAGAUGCAUAAGCAAUAUGUUGGGCAUCAUUCGGUUAGAUAUAACGGAAAGAUUUCUUUCAAAGCAAUAACUUGUGUGAUAGAAGGUCAUUGGGAAAUAGGAGAGACGCGUGACAGAUUUUGCAUGCGUUUGACUCUUCCACGGCCGUACACAGCAGAAAGGGAGAAGACACCAUUGCCCAAAGUUUCACGAAGACAAGGCGGUAAAGUUAUGAUUUCCUAUUGCCCAUGUCAAUAUGAUUUAGCUCAAAAGAUCACUGCAGGAUUGAUUGCUAACGGCAUUCCAGCUGUUUGCCCACCAAUGCGAGUGCAUGAUAUGAUAAAAAUAGCAGCUCAAGAAGCAAGAGUAGUCGUUCCAUUAAUGAGUGUUGCAUAUGAAGCAUCUAAUACUACAAAGUAUGUUCUGUCGUAUGUCGAUGAAGCUGGUAUUCCAAUAGUUCCUGUUAAGACGCAAGAUCAUUACACUCAAAGUGGUUGGCUUGGUGUUAUUUGCGCUGGUGCGUUGUGGAUACGGAUAACGAAUACUAAUGACUUUGAAAAAAGACUUAUUGAUCUUGCAAAACAAUUACAACCAUAUAUUAGCAAUUCUGUAGACGAGGAACAAUCAGUCGAUACUCUUGUUGAUGAAACUCUUCCACAAGGUUAUUAUAUUCAGUGGGGGCAAAAGUUUGAUAUGACAUUUAAUAUGUUUGCUUUGAUAAAUGGUAGUAUUGCGGGUGAAGGACAUGAUGAAGUUGGCGGCUUCAUAAUUAAUGGCAAAUAUAAUUAUUUACCAGAUAAAAAAGACUUGGAAUUUCAGUUUAAAAAGCAUUAUAUCGGAAAACAUGAUGUUCAGUAUUCUGGAACUACAGCUAAACAUGGAACGCAAUUGUUUUUUGAUGGGAAAUGGCUUAUAGGUGCCGUAUCGGACAGCUUCCAUCUAGAAGUCUCUUGUAAUCAAUCAUCAAGGCCUAAAGGUCUUCAUAUUAUGUUGAGUUAUCAGUGGGAUAGCCAAGAGCUGGUUAAGCGAGUAGCAAAUAUGCUCAAACAAAUGAAUAUUCCCAUUUGGUUUGAUAUUGCUGGUGACAUGAAAGGAAAUAUCAAUUCUGCUAUGGCUAAUGGCGUUGAAGGUGCUGCAGCUAUUAUUAGUUUCAGUACUGUCGCCUAUAGUAACAGUAUUAAUUGUCAGAAAGAAUUUACAUAUGCUCAUCAGCUGAAGAAGAAUAUUGUUCCUGUUCUUCUUGAGAAUGAAAAGAAUCUUCAGAAUACAUGGUUAGGAAUAAUAAUAACUUCCUUAGACAAAGUCAAUAUGCAAGAUGAAAGUCAAUUGGAUUCAAACUUCAAUAUUCUAGUGCAACAUAUUAAUAGAGCUCUCGGAGAAAGCCAAGAUAAAGACUUUCAUCGGCCUCAAGUCAUUACACGGUUUGAAGGCGGUGCUGUGAGAGGAAAAUACUAUCAGUAUGAUCAAGCUUAUGAUAUGGCCUUUGAUUUCUUUAGCUUAAGAGAAGGACGAGUUUCAGGGCAAGGAAAUGAUGUUAUUGGACCUUUUACAAUGGCUGGAACGUACGAUAAUGAAGGAAAAGUGUGCUUUGUAAAGCAAUAUGUUGGAAAACAUGCUGUUGAAUACGAAGGAAAUAUUGAUUACGAUAACUUGGGCGGAUUCAAGAUUAAAGGACAAUGGAACAUUAGCUAUCAAACAGAUCGCUUUUCUCUAGAAAGCAUUAAUCAUUUCAACGACGAUACUGACUGA